AUGUUUACUAGCACAUUCAAAAGACAAUUGAUUCCCACUUUUAGUAGGGCAUUACACUCAUCCUCUGCGUUGAGGACCAAGGCCCAUGAAGCUGGGUUUGUUUUCGAUAUGGAUGGUGUUUUAGUGAAGGGUAAAAAGGCGAUUCCAAAAGCUAAAGAAGCAUUACAAUUGUUGGAUGAGCGUAAUAUCGCUUGGAUCUUAAUGACUAAUGGUGGGGGUGUUUCAGAAGCUCAACGUGCAGAGUUCUUAUCAGAAGAAUUAGAUUUAGAUAUAGAUAUCGAUCAAAUUGUUCAAAGUCAUACACCAUUAGUCACUUUACCUAAUAAAUCAGAGCAAAAAGUCUUAGUCAUUGGAGGUGAUGGUGACAAGAGUCGUAAAGUUGCUGAAAAUUAUGGGUUUGGACUAGCAUUAACACCAGCUGAUUACAUCAAGACAACUCCUGCGAUUUGGCCAUUCCAUAGAAAAGAAUUGCUAGAAUUUGGUAGAAAUUUACCUGGUAUUGAUGAUUUAAAAAUUGAUUCAAUCUUAGUUUUCAAUGAUCCAAGAGAUUUGGGUACUGAUCUUCAAGUUAUCUUUGAUGUUUUGAAAAGAGACCCAAACACACCUGUUAUUUUUUCAAAUAAUGAUUGGUUAUGGGCUAAUGAAUACAAAGAACCAAGAUUUGGUCAGGGUGUUAUUAGAUUUAUCAUUGAACAAAUGUAUAAAGAGAUUCACGGGAAAGAGGCUAAUAGAACCAUCCUUGGUAAACCUACAAAAGUUGCUUAUGAUUACGCACAUCACAUAUUAAUCAAUAGAUCCAUUCAUUUGAACCAGAUAUCUGAUAUUCCUAAGUCUAGCUUGACACUAGGUGAAGAAAUUAAGGGAUCACAUAUCAAACAAGUGUUCAUGGUUGGUGAUAAUCCAGCUUCUGAUAUCAUUGGUGGAUACAAUUAUGGCUGGAACACUGCAUUGGUGAGAACAGGUGUGUACAGAGACGGCGAUCAACUACCAUGUAAGCCAACAGUGAUAGCAGAUGAUGUUUAUGGAGCAGUUCACCAAGGUAUAAAACACUUGGGAUUACUUUAA